AUGAAUGAAGGAACAAAACAAGGCCAAAUUCAUAAUAGUCCUCCAAUAAUGUCAAGAGAUAUAAUAAACCUAACCGAUCAUGAAAAGUUCUUUAUGGAAAAAGCAUUCUCUUUCGCCAAAGAAGCAUUAGGAAACCAAGAAGUACCUGUAGGUUGCAUAUUCGUCCACAAAAAUGAAAUUUUAGCUGUGGGCCGCAAUGAAGUCAACGAAACCAAAUCGGCUACUCGCCACGCCGAAAUGAUUUGCAUCGACCAAAUUGUAAACUACUCCAAAGAAAACUCUAAAAAUUAUAUGGAAAUUUUUCGAGAAAUAGAUGUUUUCGUUACAGUGGAACCUUGUAUAAUGUGUGCGGCAGCCUUGUACAACUUGAAAGUGCGCAGUGUAACUUUUGGUUGUAGAAACGAUAGAUUCGGAGGGAGUACAGUGUUUGACGUGGCAGAGAUUUUAAAACCAGUUACAAUAGUAAAAGGUGGGUACAGGUCUGAGGAGGCGAUGCAGUUACUAAAGGAUUUUUACAAGGGACAAAAUCCAAAUGCUCCAGAGUCCAAAGUCAAAAAGAAGAAAUCUGAUGUGGAUGUGAAACAAGAUUCAUUGUGA